AUGUCGUCAAAUCCGCAGCACGUCGUGGACACGGAGGACGCAGCAGAGUUGAAUCUAGGAGUUGAUUUUCGUAAUGAAACUUGUCUAUCAAAUGCUGAGGUAGCUGUGAUCUUGGAGAAGCAAAAGUCGGACUAUGAAACACAAGAGAAACAGCUGACAAACGUCUUUCAAAAGACAUACUCCUAUGUACAACGUUUUAGUGGUACAAAGGAUCCUGUGACCAAUCAAGCUUCCGUGACUGAACUUCGCGAAGCAUUAAUGUCACUGGCUUUUCAGCGUGAUGAAGACGGUGAGACGGUGGAAUAUCGACUGGAGGAGUUUGAGAUUGCGUGUUUAUCAAACUUGAACCCCGAAGAAGUGGAAGAAGCAGUUGCGUUGAUUCCUAGUCUGCAUAAGCGUUUUGCUGAGGAUGAAAUUGAAGAGAUUUUGGGUAUUGUAUCCCGUACAGCGGCACGAAUGUUUGGCUAG